AUGGAAGAGGGAAAUCACUCGGAAGCGACUGAGUUCAUACUCUCAGGACUGACAGAUCAUCCGAAGCUGCAGGCCCCCCUGUUUGCGUUGUUCCUUCUGAUUUACGUUAUCACCCUGGUGGGAAAUGGGGGGAUGAUUUUGUUAAUCACAACUGACUCCCGACUCCACACCCCCAUGUACUUUUUCCUCCGAAAUUUGUCUUUCUCUGAUCUCUGCUAUUCCUCAGUGAUUGUCCCUGAGAUGCUUCAUAUUUUCUUAGCCAAGAGGAAAAGCAUUUCUCGUACUGCCUGCGCUGUGCAAAUGUAUUUCUUUCUUCAUUGUGUAGAUAUUGAGUCUCUCUUGCUGGCUGUGAUGGCGUACGACCGUUAUGUGGCCAUCUGUAACCCGCUGCUCUAUACGGUCAUCAUGUCCAGACAGCGUUGUAACCUGCUGGUGGCUGGGGUGUGUGCUGUGGGAUUGGUGGAUUCAGUGACACUGACGUGUUCUAUAUUCCGGCUGUCGUUCUGCAGCUCCAACAUCAUCCAACACUUCUUCUGUGACUGCUCCCCACUGCUGGUUCUCUCCUGCUCUGACACCCGCACCAGUGAGAUUCUGAUAUUUGUUUCCACGUGCUGCAGCAUAGUGAUCAGUCUUGUGACCAUUCUUGUGUCCUAUAUCUGUAUCUUCUCCACCAUCCUGCGGAUCCGCUCUGCCGAGGGCCGGUACAAAGCCUUCUCCACCUGCGCUUCCCACUUGUGCGCGGUGGGCAUGUUUCAUGGCACCCAACUCUACAUCUGUUUCCGACCCAUCUCCAGCUAUUCCGUGGAAAUGGAUAAAAUUCCCUCUGUAUUUUAUACGGUAGUGAUCCCCAUGUUGAACCCCCUCAUCUACAGCCUGAGGAACAGGGAGGUGAAGGACGCCGUGAGGAAAGCAAAGAAUAAAUUGCUGACAAAUUCUUGA